ACUGGCAACUUGUCGUCUGUUCCAGCAGCAGCAGUAGUAGAAGCAGAAGCAAUUCCCAUAAGCAUACCCUAAUAGUAUAGUAUAUGUAAAAUGGCCAACUUCAACUCAUCCAAAUUGAUGCUGGUCUCAAUGUUGCUGCUCCUGUUGGCUCUCUACAAUGCCACACAGGCAAUGCCCAGUAAGCGGCAAGUAAAAAUCUGCGGCUCCAGGCUAUCCGAGACAAUGGCUUUGGCAUGUCCAGGUGGAUUUCGUUCGUAUACACCGCACAAGCGUAGUUUUUUGAAUGUCUUCGACUAUGUGGAGCUACAAAAUGAUGCUGGGGACGAGGAUGAUGAUGUUGUUGUUGAUGGACAACAGUCACGUGAUGGCAUCAAGUACAACUGGCAAGAGCCCAAGUCCUACAACUCUAUGAUGGCCACCAGACGUAAUAUGAGAAGAAUAGUUGACGAAUGUUGUUACAAGUCUUGCACUUUCAAUGAAAUGCGCGCCUAUUGCCAGUAAUCGGAUAAGUGGUGAUAAUGUUUCCUGAUUCUUAGAAGAAGUUGGCUAUCCCAGUCUACACACAUAAUUGCUUAUAAACAUUCUCCCUACAACUUGACAAUUUGUUGAUACUU